AUGACAGUCUCAAACGGGAACAGCUACGCAACAACCUUCGACAACCGGGUCGGUGGUACGCCCAUUACUCGCGACAAUGACGGUCCUUACCAGGUGUCUGAGCAUAUCCUAUGCGCGCCAAGAAAGCUCCGAGUUGGAUGUAUAGGAGCUGGAGCUUCUGGGAUCAUGAUGUGCUACAAGAAGGAGAAGGAAUUUGGAGAUGACAUUGACCUGGUAGUUUAUGAAAGGUACCCCAAGCCAGGUGGUGUCUGGUACGCCAACAAGUACCCUGGUUGCCGCUGCGACGUUCCUUCGCCCGCCUAUCAAUACCCCUUUCACCCAAAAGCAGAUUGGUCCAAGUACUAUUCCCCGGCGGCUGAGAUCCAGUCGUAUUACGAGUCAUUUGCCAGAGAGAAGGGUUAUGUGGAUAACUACAUCAAGCUAUCUCAUCGCGUCGACAAAGCGACUUGGGAUGAGCCCAAUGGGCAGUGGAUUCUGACUGUAACGGAGACCACUGAUGGCCAAGAGCGAACUUUCGAGGACAGAGUCGACUUUUUGAUCGCCAACAUUGGCAUCUUGAAUACCUGGAAGUGGCCUGAUAUUCCCAACCGCGAAGCCUUCCGUGGACACAUGACCCAUUCAGCGGACUACGAUACCAAUCUUGACUUACAAGACAAGACCGUGAUCGUAAUUGGAUCUGGCGCCUCUGCCAUCCAAAUUGUGCCAGCCAUCAGGUCGACAGCAAAGAAAGUUAUCUCAUUCUAUCGCACACCGCAGUGGAUUGGACCCGGUUUACCCAUGGAAGGCUACACGGACUCGGAUGGACGAAACUUUGUCUAUACCGAUGAGCAAAAGAAGCAAUUCGCUGAAGACCCAAAGGCGUACUUGGAGCAUCGGAAAGAAAUGGAGACAAAGAUCAAUACGAGUUUCCGAAAUAACAUCGCGGACCACCCGAACCAGAAGAUGGCUCGCGAGUUUGUGGCUAAAAGAAUGGCCAAGAUUCUCAAGAACGAUGAGAGAUUGACCCAGCGCCUGAUCCCAACCUUUCCCAUGGGAUGCCGUCGCCUCGGCCCAGCUGAAGGAUUCCUUGAGUCUUUCCACGAAGACAACGUUGAACUAGCCGAAGGCGAAAUCGAAUCUUUCACCGAAAACGGUCUACGUGUUGCCGACGGAACGAAGUAUCAAGCAGACGUCAUCAUUUGCGCGACGGGCUUCAACGUCAGCUUCAAGCCACAUUUCCCUGUCAUCGGCCGCGAUAAUGUGUCGCUUGGUGAGGCUUGGAAGGAUGACCCAGCGGCCUACCUUGCACUUGCUGCGAGUGGCUUUCCCAACUUUAUGUUGGGUUCGCUUGGACCAAACUGUCCUGCGGGUCAUGGAUCGUUCAUUACGGUCCUUGAAGCAGCGCAGAACUACAUCUGCAAGGUCAUCAGGAAGAUCCAAACAGAGAACAUCCUCACAUUGGAUGUCAAGCCUGAGGUUGUUGACGAGUACAACGAACAUGUGCAUGAGUGGCUGAAACGAACUGUCUGGGCUGCCGGUUGUCGUUCGUGGUACAAUCAAGGUCGACCGAAUGGCAAGAUCACGGCGCAGUAUCCAGGAUCUCUUGUCCACUGGCGGUUAAUGCUUGAGAACCCUCGGUACGAGCACUACAACAUUCAGUACCGAAGCCGUAAUAGGUUCGAGUUCAUGGGUAAUGGCUUUACGUUGCCGGAGGUAAAUGGUGGAGAUGUGGCAUGGUAUCUGGAUCCAGAACACAUAGCAAAGCCUCUCUUCUCAGAAUAA